CCCGUCGGGCAGCGCCGCCUUUAUAAGCGGUUUCCCUGCCCGGGGGCGGCAGCGGCUGGUCGGUGGCAGCUCUGCGGGUGCGGGGGCGGCGAGGACCCAGCGACCGCGGCCGGAGCGCGCCAGCCACCGCCCGCACCGCCCUUCCGCCCGCUCUCCGGACGGCGCAGCCCUGCGGGUCUCCGCUCCGGACCCACCCCCGCCCCACCCCGCGCGCCUCUGCCGCCUCUUCCAGAGCCCCAGCCCGCCGAACGGCCGCCGCCGCCGCCGCUGCCGCUGUCGCCGCCGCCACCGCGCCAGGUUCCGGCCGCGGCCACCCUCCGCCGUCCAGGGCCCCUCCGUCCCGACCCCGGGACCCCGGCUCCCCGCCAGCCCCGGCCCCGGCACCAUGUCGGAGAAGAGCGUGGAGGCAGCGGCCGAGUUGAGCGCCAAGGACCUGAAGGAGAAGAAAGAGAAGGUGGAGGAGAAGGCGAGCCGGAAAGAGCGGAAGAAAGAAGUGGUGGAGGAGGAGGAGAAUGGAGCUGAGGAGGAGGAAGAAGAAACCGCUGAGGAUGGAGAGGAGGAGGAUGAAGGAGAAGAAGAAGAUGAGGAAGAAGAAGAUGAUGACGACGAGGGGCCCGCGCUGAAGAGAGCUGCUGAAGAGGAGGAUGAAGCUGAUCCCAAGCGGCAGAAGACAGAAAAUGGGGCGUCGGCAUGAGCCCCCUGCCAAUGGGCUGGGGAAGGAGGCCCCUCAAGGCCUGGAGAUGGGGGCAGGAACAGUUCAGUGCAGCCACUCUUCAACCUGAUUCCUUGCUCUGGGCCCUGCAUCAGAGCUGCCACCCUCUUUCUCCCCAGCCUUCUCAUGUCCACCUCUCCAGACUCUGCCCUGCCAUCCUCACUCUGCCAUUGUUCCACCUCCUGACCUGUUCCAUCUGAGCUCCCCAGCUGGUCCCCAAUUGCUCCCUUUCCCUCUUCUUUCUCUCUUCCUCACUCCCACCCCGCCUCCGAUAGCUUCUCCUUCGGAACCUCUGCAUCCUAGCCUUCUGUCCUGCCCAUCCCUACCCUGCCUGAUCCCUGGGUCUCCUUCAGAUCCCCUUCUCUCAGACAGCGCCAGGCCGGGGUGGGGCCAGGGUUGGGACCAAGCCCCACAGCUGCCCCCCUCUCCUCCCCUUUUUGUAUAAUUUAAUAAUUAAUAAAGAAAUGGUCGCGCUUCUGUUUUUAA